AUGGCUUUAGUAAAGCAGAUCGUCUCGAGGGCCAAGUCUUGCUAUGUCCUUCAAACAAACGAACAGACGUUCCUCUUGGACUAUCCAUCGAGUAUCUAUGGAGUAUCCUUUUCGCUUCCCUCAUUCACUAAAAGGCCAAAGCCUCUGAAGCUUGCUCUUCCAAAGUUCGCAGAUGACAUAGAUCACAUCCUGGUCACCAGAUCCGACUCGUUGGGGGUGCUCUUUCUCGAAAGAGACAUCCCUGUCUACAUUACAGAACCAGUGUUUGAACAAAUCUUGAUAAAAUACGAGAGCCUCCUCAAACUUUCGGUCUACUACGAGGACGAGGAGGAUUCCGGCACCCCCAUAGAAGAUGCAGACGUCGAGAGAUUCAAGAAGAAUGUUAGGCUUGUCAGGUUCAAUGAAAGAUGGUCCUUCGAUGACGUCACUGUCGUUCCACAGCCGGCAGGAACAUUUAUUGGGUGGUCGAACUAUCUGAUUGAGUUUGGAGACAAAAAAACCCUCUACUACCUCUCCUCUCUGGCUAGCAAGCCUAGGGUUUCUCUGGGCCCAGGAAGCAUCUCUUCAGACUAUCUGAUCAUCAAUACAGACGAAUGCACCUCUUCCCAUACCAUAGACGAGUUCUCUGCCUACAUUAGAGAGCUGGGCUUGGAUGUUGCAGUUAUUCCCCUCGAGAUGACGACAAUGCUUAUUGAGGUUCUUCUCCACACACUGUUUGUGGUGCAAGCAAGGGGCGCGGUUCCCAUAUAUAUUGCAUCUUCGGAGUUCAGCCGCUUUCAUACGACCAUUAGUAUAGAGAAUGAAUGGCUAAGCAAGCCGUUCUCAUCGGUCAAGGACCCCUUUCCAAUCAAGUCGUAUGGAAGGCUCCAUGUGGUGGACACAAUCGAUGAGCUGGCAGAGAUCGCUGGACCUGCAAUAGUAUUCUGCGAUCCGCUGGAAAUCAGCCUUUAUCCUCAGCCGGUAUUCGACAACCAGAAAAUCGUUUCCAUCAAUGGCGCAGUGCUCCAGGCAGAUGUCCACUACAAUCUCAAACUGGAGCUAGAUUCCAGCGAGGUCUCGUCGAUUCAUACAGGAGCGAUAAUUCACAAGCCCAGUCCUGGGGAGUAUCUCUACAUUGAGACUGCUUCCGACUACUACUAUCUUGCUGCGAAUGCCCGUGACAUCCAGGUGCAUGACAGUGAAGUGUACCUGAAUGGGAAGCUGAAGUUUAGCGAUAAGCAUGGCUUUCGAAAGAAGAUGGUGUUCAUCCAGAAAAAGUGCAAACUGAACGAUUUAUUCGCCAACAGUCCGUUCUUUUACAGCAACGGUUCGUACUACUUCCCGCAAAAGGCCAUCAGGGUCAUAAUGGAGAAUGGGAAGGCUAGGAUAGAAAGAGUUUCGAGGCAGGGUCUUAAGUAG